UAGGGUCGGUGAAGUUGAUAUGAAAUCCUCGGGUUCCCCAAAUCUCCCUGGCCCUGUCCUCAGUUUCUUUUCUCCUCCUGGACCCUUCAGGCGGCGGGAUGUUCUGGUCCGGCCUUCUCCGUGGCCUCAGCACGUCCCUAAAUUAUGGCCUAGCCCUGGCCACCCGGCCCAUGGCCACCCUGAACCAGAUGCACCGCCGAGGGCUUCCCAAGAGGCCGCCUCCACCUCUAGGCCCCACGGCUGGCCGGCCGCAGCUGAAGGGAGUGGUGUUGCGCACGUUCAUCCGAAAGCCCAAGAAACCCAACUCAGCCAACCGCAAGUGCUGCCGCGUGCGGCUCAGCAGCGGCCGAGAGGCCGUGUGCUUCAUCCCCGGGGAGGGCCACAGCUUGCAGGAGCACCAUGUCGUGCUGGUACAGGGCGGCCGCACCCAGGACCUGCCCGGCGUGAAGCUGACUGUUGUGCGUGGCAAGUACGACUGUGGCCACGUGCAGAAGAAGAAGUGACUGGCGGGGCCGCAGCGGGCUGGGGUUCCCCCGGAACCAGAACCUUCCUCUCUGGGUGCCUGCGGUAUCCUUGGGAAGCCCUUCCAGCUCUGGAAGUACCUGGUCCUGGGUGCAGAUCCUGCCUUUGCCUCUUCCACCGGGAACACCGCUUGCCCACAGGGCUUCUGGAUGGAGUUAGUAAACCCCCCCCCCCCCCGUCCACACACCCCCGUCAACACCCUUGCCUUCUGUUUGUAGAGCGUGGGCUCGGAGGACCUCUUCUGCUGGGACAGGGCCCUGUAUUGCCAUCUGCUGGGAAGGGGUGGCAAUAAACACACAGACCGCCUCCCA